CUGGUCACCUUCCGGUUUUGGCACAGGCUACAUUCUCAACGAAUUCCUCAGCGACGGAGAUGUAGAUCCCAAUACGGUAUUCGACGGCAUCGGCCUCACUCCACUGGUCCUCUCCAUUAUACGCUAGAACUGCCUGGCAGUGGCACUGCUCAUGCGUUGGGGCGGCGACAUCUACCAGGAGUUUCCCCACCCGCUGGGCGUCUUGGAGGUAGAAAUUACACAUGCGGAUGGCCAAUUAACGGCCCUAGAACUCGCUAUUAAACUCGGACCCUCUCGCAUGGUUGAACAUAUGCUGGUAAUGGAUCCAAUCUCAGACCACCCGAAUGCGCCCACGGUCAACUGUGUCAGAAUUGCGUGUCGCAGGCACAAGGCUGAACUGUUGAAGCUUCUUUUCGGGUCGGGUGUAGAUGCGAAUAUUCGCGACGAAAAUGGCGACACACCCCUGGCUUUGCUCUGCCAAGCUGUGGAUCAGGAAGCCGUGGUGUUUGCUGCUGAUGGCCCCGAACCGGAUUGGCCGUUUAGCAUUAUCGUCGCGAGACUGUCAGCAUGUGUAUCUACGAUACUAUCUGCUGGGGCCGACCCGACUAUUAAGAACAAUUCGGAGCUCUCGCCCCUGGAUCACUUGCGUCGGCACAUGAAUUACGAUGGAGAUGAACAGUUUCGACAGGAACUUGCUAGUUGUUGGAACGAUCGGUUUGAUAUUGAUGAGUUUGAAAUUCAAGAGCGACCAACUUGCGGACCACUGCUGGACAUGCAUUCAUCUAGACAUUCGCCCGCGGCGGUGUAUGAUGACGUACGGGCUAGACCAUGCCCUAUGCCGAAACUUCGGGACCAAAUGAAUUUAUUUAACUAACUUCGCACUUGUGUUUUAUUAGUACCCCUAAUGAACUGAUUUGGUGUAGUCAGCCUUUUCUGAACAUGACAGUGAUAGCAUUCUUCAUCAUCGCGUGUACAAGUCACCGAUAGAAAUAUAGCGUUAGCAGGGACUGUAAUUCUUUGCUCUAUCG